UACAAAAACACUAGUGGAUCGAGGAAGUCACUCCGGUUUGGACUGUAGCCUACUGUGGACUUUUCAUAAUUUUCGUCAACCAAACCUUUCAAUUGAAGUUGAAAGUCGGAGUUAAAGAACACUUUUCGGACCACAUCCAACACAAUAACGGAAACGUGCAUGCCGUGCUUCCGCGGCUCGGGCCAGUCCAGACUCGCUUGCCCACACGAGUGACGGGCGGGGGAGGGAGGGAGGGAGGGGUGGAUGGUCUCCGCGAUGAAGAGGAAAAAGCACAGUGGAGAGGAGACAGAGGUCCCCAGACAAGAUUGUGACACCUCCGCAUCAUCACACUCUCCAUGCCGAGACAACCGCGCGUCUGAAGAUAGGGGAGGAUGGAGCGCGGAGGAAAGAUAGAAGAGCAGAAGAUUCAGGAGGAGGAGGAAGAGGAAGACGAGGAAGACAGGUGGUGUGGAGGAACAAACGGCAGAAGCAAAGGAACAAGGAACCAGGAAGAGAGAAAAGACGGGAGAGAGGAUCAGGCCCCAGUAGGAGUCAUGACCAUCCAGUUCCCCAACGGAGAGGAACUCCCCAUGGUGGAUGGCCUGGACGGAGUGGGGGUCAACACAGACACGCCAGGAGGGACUGGGAGGACGCAGGAUCAUCAUCUGGAGAAACCCAUGAAUCACCUGACUCUGGGAGAGAGAGAUGGUGCGGUUGCCACGGAAAACGGACGCGAUACGCCAGAGGACGUGGAUGGUAUUGGUGCCCUGUCCCUCUCGCGUCCACCCUCAGACACCUGGGCCCCAUCCAUCUCUGAAACACCACUCUCCUCCACCUCCCCAAACCUUAUCCCUACUUUCUCUCUCUCCUCCUCCUCCCCCUCGUCUCUAUCCACCUCCGUCGCUGUCCCCCCCCCUCUCCCCCCACUUCCUGAGGGUACGGAUGUGGGUGUGCUGCUGGCUGGGGGGCACCUGACACUGGACGUGUUUAAGGGGGGAGCGGCCGCACUGCCCAGCCUGUGGGACACUCAGCGGGAGCAGCUCAGGGAGGUGCAGUACCUCCGACUGGGCUCCGAGGACCAGGGGGCGCUAGAGAGUGCAGUGGUCGUGCUGCCCAAUCUCACAGGGCUACGCUCUCUGGCCAUCAGAGGUCAUCGUUUCCAUGACGCCCAGGGCGCGCCCAUCCCUGGCCUUCUCUCGACCCUCCCCUCGCCCGUCUCCUCCCUCUCUCUCCUCGUCCACCUGGACCUGUCCUUCAAUCAGCUCCCGUCCCUGCCGCUGUGCGUGCUGUCUCUGCCGGUGCUGGCGGAGCUGGUACUAAGCUACAACCGGAUCUCCAGCCUGCCGGGGGAGCUUGUGGCGCUGGCGUCCCUGCGUAGGCUGCUCCUGCUGGGCAACCGGCUCCGCGCGCUGCCCCCCACGCUGGGCAGGCUCCAGGGGCUGCGCACGCUGGACGUGUCGGCCAAUCAGCUACAGGCGCUGCCCGAUGAGCUGGGUCAGAUGAGCGGCCUGACAACGCUGGAGCUGUCGCAGAACCACCUCAAGGAGCUGCCUACGACCCUGGGUUCUCUGUCGUCUCUCCGGGAGCUGGUUCUCCAUAGCAACGACUUGCGGAGUAUUCCGGAAUGUGUGCAUGCCCUCCCUCACCUCUCACCGACCAUGAACAACCCCACACAGCCCACAUCUCCCCCAACCCUCCAGUCCUCACGAGAUCCUGAAGACACUGCAAUACCAGAGCUGCACUUAGGAAUAAACCAGCACAGAUUUACUGUGACCACAGAUGGAUGUCACGUUUUCAUCCCUGGAGGGGCGGAGCUCCUGUUUCCACGGCAAUGUGUGGCAUCUGUCACUAGGCUGAAGUGGGUGGAGCAUAAACUGGACAGGAAGUGGGUGUGGUUAGAAGAGCAUGACUUCCUAAUGAGUCGCCCACUAGAGCUCCUCCCUCAUGGCGUCUCUUUUGAGAAGCCGGUGGAGGUGUGUGUUCCGUAUCGGCGGGUGCGCCGAAGAGAGGUGGUGGUCCGCAGGUUUGACGGGCAGCAGUGGAGCACACUCCCCACUCUCACCAGGAGGGGGAGCCAGAGACACAGCAGCCAGCCAAGGGGACGCCCAGCAAGGUUGGCCUGCUGUAAUGUGAGGGAGUUCUCUUGGUUUGUUGCCGUGGCGAGGCUGGUGAGUGACAGUUGCUCUGUUUCACCAGAGGGGGCGCUACUGGUGUCCCGUGUCGAUCCUGGCAUCAAGCUCAGGUUUCCUCCAGAGGCCACCACACAGACACGCACAGUCACACUGCAGGUCCUGCAGGUGGUGUUGUCUGAGGUGAGGGAGUUGAGUGGAGACCCUGAUGCUCGGGCCUCCCCCCUCCUGCGUCUCUCCCAGACUCCCAGCAUGCCUUUCCUCCAGCCAAUCAGGGUGCAGAUCCCCCUUCCACCUGGCCUCACUGGUCACAUGGUGGACAUGUCAAAGCUGCACCUGUUGCACAGAGACUCAGCUUCACACUCCUGGAGUGACAUCACAACACAGGUGUCCCUACAGAUCACACACCUGUAUGCCAUCUUCACCAUCACACACUUCUCCUGGUACUGGCUGUGGUACUCUACCCAGAAGUGCAUCAGUGGAGUGGUGCGUAAAGUGUAUCACAGGUUGAAGCAGUUCCGCGUGCAGUUUCUGGCUCAGCAGAAGAAGAGUGAUCCUCUUCAGGUGCUGCUACAGUGCCUUCCAGCCUGCAAGGUUGAGAGCAGACUGCAGUCUCUGUGUGAGGUGUAUGAUGGUCCCCAACCCUCUGAUGUGUGUGACCUGCUGGAAGGGGAGCAGUUUUUCGCAGGUUUUGAGAGAGGCAUCGACGUCAACGCAGAUCGGCCAGACUGCGUGGAGGGCCGCCUGGCCUUUGUGUUCUACUCCCACCUGAAGAACCUGAAGGAGGUGUUCAUCUGCCCCAGCACGGGGCUAGAGGGGCCCAUCAGGGGACAGGUGUCGUUCUAUAGAGGCGAGGUGCCCAGCGAUCUGCCUGUGGAGGUACUGAAGAAGAGGAAAGGUCAUGACAGCCAGUGGAUGGCCACACUGCCCAUCAGGCUUCCGGCUCCAGGGUUCGAGGGUGGCAGCAGCAGUGUGUUUGCGGAGCGGGAGUAUCCGCCGCUGAACCUGGGUGACCCGGAGAGCGGCUACCUGACGGAGACCAACCUACUGGGCAUCUCGCUCCGCAUUGGGCAAGACUGGCGUAACAUUGGCAUGAACCUGGGCAUCAGCUACCAUGAGCUGGACCGCAUGCAGUACAAACACAGGCUUGACCUUGGCUCCCUGGUUCUGGAGAUGCUCUUCCACUGGGCUCGUGCCCAGCAGGGCGAGGGGGCGGUGCCUCGGCUGAUUGAUGCCAUGCUGGACAGCGGGAGGCGGGACUUAGCGGAGGAAGUGGAGGAGAUCGUGAGCGUGGGCAAGAGGAAGUACCAGGCCUCUCUGAAGAGGGUGGGGCUUCAAGAGGAAGUGCCCAGCACUGGCGAAACACAGCCCUCUACAUGACGCAGGAAGAGGAGGAAGAGGAGUAGUGGACUCUCCUGUCGUCUCUCUUCCCCCUCUGGCAUCCUCUCCCUCUCCUCUUUUCCUCUCUCCUCCCCCUCUCCUCUCAUCUCUCCUCCCUC